UGAUCAAACCAGCGUCCGUUACUCCGCCACCAGAUGAACAGGCAACACACACGCACACCCACACACCAGUCUCCCAACAAUUUAUAACUUCAUUAGAACCUUUUAGAGAACAAUAUAAUAUUUCUUUAUGAAGGAUGGGCUGUGCGAUAUCCGGCUUGGCGCAAAGUGCGGACUUGGGGGAGAAGAAGGUCCUGGAGGAAGGUUCACGUCUAAGUGAAGCUAGCAUUGAAAUGAUUAAAGAGUCGUGGAAAGUGAUCAAGGACGACAUCGCUAAAGUGGGCAUCAUCGUGUUCGUCAGGCUCUUCGAGACCCACCCUGAAUGCAAGAAUGUCUUCUUCCUGUUCCGAGACAUCAAGGACCUGGAGAGGCUGCGGACCAGCCGUGAACUGCGAGCACACGGACUGCGGGUGAUGUCGUUUAUUGAGAAAAGUGUGGCCAGGUUGGACCAGAUGGAAAGGCUGGAGGCUCUGGCUGUGAAUCUGGGGAGAAGCCAUUACCACUACAACGCCCCUCCUAAAUACUACAGCUACGUUGGAGUAGAAUUCAUCAGUGCUGUGCAGCCCAUCUUGAAGGAGAGGUGGACCACCGAGCUGGAGGAGGCUUGGAAGACCUUGUUUCAGUACGUGACCGGCUUGAUGCAGCAAGGCUACGAGGAGGAGAGCGAGCGCCACAACCAGGCGGCAGUCUCCCCAAAGGAGAGAGUGGACAAGCGGAACACGGCGCUUUGAGAAAACACAAAAUGUUAGUUACA